UCCAUGGGUACCAGCUCGGAACUCUCUCUCUCUUGGUGCCGUGAUUUACAGACAGAUUUAAGGUUUCUCCCCCGCGAAUGAAAGAUUGAAGGUGUGACCGCGUACCCGCCGACAGAUAUGCAAAUACAUUGUGUGCUACAGUUCCUGACAUAAGAUAAGAUAAAGUGCUGGCUGCCAUUCCAUUCCAUCCUCGAGCGAGCGAUAAGCCUGGCCGGGAUUAGUGAAUGCUGGUUGCAGCAGACAAGUCAAAUAUAAAUAUACAAAGAGCCCAAUUCGAAACGAAACGAGACCCAUUCUUAUCCGUCCAUUGAACUCUGCUGGCUGUUUGAAUGAACGUGUCGGAGCCACAGCAGCCGCAGGGCCCGUCCCUGUGCCUGGAGUGGAAGCAUCUCAACUACUAUGUGCCCGCCCAGGAGCAGAGCAACUACAGCUUCUGGAACGAGUGCCGCAAGAAGCGCGAGCUGAGGAUACUCCAAGAUGCCAGCGGCCACAUGAAGACCGGCGACCUCAUCGCCAUAUUGGGCGGUUCGGGGGCUGGAAAAACCACAUUGCUGGCGGCAAUUUCCCAACGAUUGCGGGGUAACCUAACCGGGGAUGUGGUUUUGAACGGAAUGGCCAUGGAGCGGAAUCAGAUGACGCGUAUCUCCAGCUUUCUGCCGCAGUUUGAGAUCAAUCUUAAAACCUUUACGGCCUACGAGCAUCUCUACUUUAUGUCGCACUUCAAGAUGCAUCGUCGCACCACCAAGGCGGAAAAGCGCCAGCGUGUGGUGGAUUUAUUGCUGGCUGUGGGCCUCAGGGACUCCGCCCACACCCGAAUCCAAGAGCUGUCCGGGGGGGAGCGGAAGCGCCUCAGCCUGGCCGAGGAGCUGAUCACGGAUCCCAUCUUUUUGUUCUGCGACGAACCCACUACGGGCCUGGACAGCUUCAGUGCCUACUCGGUGAUCAAGACGCUGCGCCAUCUGUGCACCCGGCGGCGCAUAACCAAGCACUCGCUGAGCCAGGUAUACGGCGAGGACUCCUUCGAACCGCCUAGUGGCGAGAGCAGCGGCUGCAGCUCCAUCGAAAUGGAGAUUGUGGCCAAAUCGCAUGAGAGCCUGCUGAAGGGUAUGCGGGAUCUGCCCACGCUGAGCCUGCUCAACAGCAGCCCGAACGGGACGCACAAGAAGGCGGCCAUUUGCUCCAUCCACCAGCCCACGUCGGACAUCUUUGAG